CAAGCUGGGACAGGGAUGUGUCCAGUGGACAAAGCACACAGGAACCAGUGCCAAGCCUGUCGGCUGAAGAAAUGCCUCCAAGCUGGAAUGAACAAGGAUGCCGUGCAGAACGAGCGGCAGCCGCGCAGCACCGCCCAGGUGCGCCUCGACGCCGCGGACCUGGACGCCGACCGGCCGGCCGAGCACCUGGCCACGACGCGGGACGCGCCGCCGCCGCCGCCCUGCCCGUCCCUGCAGGGCCACCGGACCCUCACCGCCUGCGCCGCGGCCGCCGCCCCGGCCCCGAGGGCGCGGCCCCCGACGCCGCCCGCCGGCAGCCACCGCUUCAUGGCCAGCCUGAUGACGGCGGAGACCUGCGCCAAGCUGGAGCCCGAGGACGCUGAUGAGAACGUUGAUGUAACCAGUAACGAGCCCGAGCACUCAGGGGGUGAGGCUGCUGCGUCCCCUUACCCCACUACCAGCCCCGAGAGUGUCUACGAAACCUCUGCGCGACUCCUUUUCAUGGCUGUGAAAUGGGCAAAAAACCUACCUGUCUUCUCAAACCUGCCCUUCCGAGACCAGGUGAUCUUACUGGAGGAAGCAUGGAGUGAGCUGUUCCUGCUCUGUGCCAUCCAGUGGUCUUUGCCACUGGAAAGCUGCCCCCUCCUCUCCGUGUCGGAGCUGGCCCCGACCUUCCAUGGAAAGCUUACAUCUGGCAGAGCGGACAUUCGUGCCCUGCAGGAAAUCAUUGCUCGCUUCAGAGGGCUGCUCGUGGACCCCACGGAGUUUGCCUGCAUGAAAGCGAUUGUGCUGUUCAAACCAGAAACCAGAGGCCUGAAGGAUCCAGACCAGGUGGAGAAUUUGCAGGAUCAGUCACAGGUGAUGCUGGGACAACAUAACCAGAUCCAUUACCCAAACCAGCCUGUCAGGUUUGGAAAGCUGCUGCUGCUGCUGCCUUCACUGAAGUUUCUUCCUUCAGAGCGCAUUGAGCUUCUUUUUUUCCGCAAGACUAUUGGGAACACUCCCAUGGAGAAGCUGCUAUGUGACAUGUUCAAAAACUGACAUGCUCCAGGAGCCUCCUCCCCAGGUUCCACCGAUCCUUAUAAACUUGGGUCUGAAAGGCCAUGAAGAGACAUGGGGGUGCUCCUUCCCACAGACUGCUUGGACUUUGGUUGAAUCACCACAUGGCAUCUUAACUGCAGCUCAGCCACAUUCACAUAACAAGGAAAAAUACUGGGAUCCCAACAGUGAACAGUUAUGAGCAGUGCUGAUGAUUUUAACAAUAAUUGGCUCAUUUUGCACCAUCUAACUCUCAAGCCCUUCCUGGUGGUCUGGGCAUGCACAUGGAUUUGAAUGAAAAUACAUUUUGUACACGCACAACAAAAUUCUCCAUUAGUUUCUAUUGCAGGGCUGAGUCUGGGCCUUGAAAACAGGGUUUUCAACUCAAGGUAAGCUCUGAUCCUGACUGUAAAACCCCAUGAUGGUGUGGAAGAAUGCUGCACAAGGUUAAGAAUGCUAUGGGGAAAUAAUGGGAGAUAACCGAGUUAUCUAUAAACUAUGGUGCAUCUAAGAGAAAACACCAUAGAAGAGAAACUAUUGCACUGCUUUUCUAAAGGAGGGUACAAUUAAGGAGUGCAAACCCAUUAGUCCAAAUGCAGGCUUAAUCAUACCUAAAGGUGUUAUUUCAUUUCUAUACCACCCAAUACCUGAAGUGCUUUGGGUGGCUGACAGCAGUAGACCAGUUGAAAUUAAUGGAACUUAUGUAAACAAUUACUAACAUAAACCCCAUUAGUUUUGAUAGCUUGCCUGUAAGUAUGAUUAAAUUCCAUUCCAACCUAUUGUUCCAGUCAAAAAAAUCCAGAUUUUACAAUAUAUUUAUGCUAUACUGAACAUAUUUCCA